AUGUCUAAAGGAGGCCGAGGAGCUGAUCUCGAUUGCAAGGUUUAUGUUGGUGGACUGCCUCAUGAUGCUACAUCUCAAGAGAUUGAAGAUGCUUUUGCACGGUUUGGAAGAAUAAGAAAGGUUUGGGUUGCUCGUCGACCCCCUGGAUUCGCAUUUGUUGAGUAUGAAGAUAAUCGUGAUGCUGAAGAUGCUGUGAAAGCUAUGGACGGAGCUCGUGUAUGUGGAAUCCGUGCUCGUGUUGAGCUUUCUCAUGGUCGCCGUCGCAACAGUGGUCGUGGUGGCUUUGGCGGAGGAGGAGGUGGACGUGGUGGAUAUGCUGGCGGAGGACGUGGUGGUCAUCGUCGUGGAAGCUAUUGUGAAUUGGAUCCCGAUUCUCUCUCGCUCUUUCCCUUCUCUUCGCCUAUAAUGUAG